UGAAAAACUAUGGCGUCGAACAAAGUUACUUUCAGAAUAACUCUCACGUCUGAUCCCAAACUACCAUUCAAAGUGUAAGUGGCUGUUUAGGAUAAACCGCAUCUUAAUUUCUUACAAUAGCAUGCAAGCUAUCAGCUCUGAGAUUUUUAAAACUAUCGACGUAUUUUUCACGUUGCUGCAAAGUCCAGUCAUUAAUGAACAAAUGACUGUGGAAAAUAUGAUACAAGCUUUUAAUUGUGCCUAUUUUGUUGAAGUAGCCAUUAAAAAGGUACAGGCUGAAAAGGAAAUAUUGACAUUUGAAGAAUAUUUGCAUUGCAAAUUAGAACGAAAGUUAUUUCCAUACAAUCGGAACAUCACAUGCUCUGAUUUGGAGAAAGCUUGCGAUAAAUUAUUAGAACAUUAUUUGAAAGAUUGUUACAUUUCCACCGAGAUAGUAGAUGAAUAUCUAAAAUUAUACAUUCAACAUUUUGACUGCGACAGAUUAAAUGCUUUCUUGCAUCAAGUAAUGAGUAAAUCCCUUGCAACAAACAUGGUAAUAGAGUCUUUAGAGGAAUUAGGGGUACCACUGUCUAACAUGGAAGAUGAGGCAUUAAUUAUGACCUGGCAAAUGGCAAUAGCUAAUAAAGAUCAAAGUGAAGUAGCAAACUGUAUAAACAAGAUGUUAAACGAUGGUCAUGUUUUAAGACUGAUGCAUUUAGCAAUAAAAUCGCAUAAUGAUAUAAUUAGAAAAUUAAUUCUAGAAAUUUUUAGUUCAAAGCUAAUUCACUAUGAUCCUGAAAUAUGCAUAGCUUUUGUAAAUACUGAAAAGAAAUUACUUUUAAAAUUACUUCGAGACAAUAGUUUUUGCAUAGAUUUUAUCGAUGCAAUAUUCUAUUUUGGUCGAAAUAUGUACUUGGUAAAUGGAAAGUGGUGUUCAGAUUUUAAAUUUGAAUAUACACAUCUCUGCAAAAUAAUGAAAAUUUUAUUAAGUGGUCCUCGUGUAAUUUGUGAACUUGUAUACAAUAGAAUGUCUACUGUUAAAACUCAACCAGAUAGUGAGAUAUGGAAUAAUAUUGAAAUAGAUAUCUUGAGUUGACUUUUCGAAUUUAAUGACUUGUAAUAACAAAUUAGUAUUUUUGUAUAUUUGUAACAAAAAAAGAAUAAAUAAUUACUUCUACUGCAAGUAAAUUUGUCUUAUUAGAAAAAAA